AUGGCUGCCAAUGGGAGCACGACGCCUGCGCUGACGGACUUAAAUCGCGCUCAAAGCAUUAGGCAAGACGCAGAAAGACAGCGCAAGAUACAGGAGCAGACUCAGGCUUUACUGAUAGAUGAAAUGUAUGCCUCAGAAGAGACAGAGCAAAGAGGUGACGAUGCAGUCGAGAUGGGCAGACAAGCUUGCUUGGCAUUAAGCGAACAAAUGUAUGCCAUGCUGCCUAUGGAGUUAAGAGAUAUGAUCUAUGGUUGGAUCAUUGGAAUGCCCGGCGAACAUGAGCGUAUCCUCGGGGCGGAGCUCAAGAAAGAUCAGGGAACACUGGUUCGUAAAAAUAUUACCUACGACAACGCCCGGUUAUGGCAGGAACGCUUCUCGUAUCCAUUCAGCUUGCGCUGGUGGUGCGACAGCUAUAUGGGCAAAGCCGUCGCUCUCGAACUCGUCGAACGCUGGUACACAACACGGAAGUUCACCAUCUCAAGAGAAUUCGGCGCACUCAAAACAUUUCUCAACCACGAUCCAUUUCAGAAGAAUAUCCAGCCGAGCGUCUUCAUACAGCACCUCACCCUUGAGAUUUGGCCAGGAUGGUCUGGCCAAAUACGGUCGCGAAGCAUUUAUCAAAAUUGCUCCAGCUGA